GUCUGAUAUUAUUUUUGAAGGCGAGCACGCUGCAGCAGCGCAAGUUUUAUGACACCCGCCCUAACUAAAGGUCAACAUGGAUCACUUCCCAAUGAACUCGGAAAACCUUGAAAGUAAAGCAGAACCGGCACCCAAAGGCCGGGAGAGAGAGCGGUGGUCCAGAAAAAUUGAGUACUUCUUGGCUGUAGCUGGUAGUAUUGUUGGCUAUGGGAAUAUCUGGAGAUUUCCAUACCUUUGUUCCAAAAAUGGAGGAGGCGUCUUCCUCAUACCAUACUUUUUGUUCCUGUUCACCUGUGGCAUCCCUCUCUUCAUCCUGGAGACAUCCCUGGGCCAGUACACCGGUCAAGGUGCAAUAACGUGUUGGAGGAAAAUCUGCCCUCUUUUUGAAGGAAUAGGAUAUGGCAGCCAAUUGGUUGUCACCUGCACAAUCAUUUAUUACAUUAUUAUCCUGAGCUGGGAAUUCCUCUUCCUCUUCUCAUCCUUCCACUCGGAACUUCCGUGGGCUAACUGUCUCAACAGCUGGAACACAGAUUCAUGUCUGGGACACAAUCAAACUCUGUCAGAGUCCACAAACAACACAUCUUCAGCUGUAGAGUAUUGGGAGAGAAGAAUUUUGGGGCUAUCAAGCGGACUUGAGGAAAUGGGAAACAUUCGCUGGGACUUGGCCCUAUGUCUUCUGCUUUCCUGGAUAUUGGUUUACGCCUGUAUCUGCAAGGGAAUCAAGAACACAGGAAAGGUGCUGUACUUCACUGCCACGUUUCCAUACCUCAUACUUUUGGCCCUGCUUGUUCGUGGUCUGACGUUACCAGGAGCCAAAGAUGGGCUGACUUUCUACCUCUACCCAGACCUGACACGCCUCAGCGAUUCAACGGUUUGGCUUGAUGCGGCUAGCCAGAUCCUAUACUCCUAUAUAAUCAGCAGUGGGGUGUUGACAACUUUAAGUAGCUACAACCAGUACAACAACAAUUGCUUCAGGGACAGUUUGUUGCUGUGCAUUUUAAACAGUGCGACCAGCUUUAUGGCCGGCUUUGCCAUCUUCUCCGUGCUCGGCUUCAUGGCCCAAGAGCAAGGUGUGGACGUAUCCGUUGUGGUCGAAUCAGGUCCAGUACUGGCGUUCAUUGCUUACCCUCGCGCCGUGAGUCUGAUGCCCUUCCCUCACAUUUGGGCCGUUGGCUUCUAUGUCAUGAUGAUCUUUGUCGGUCUAGACACCCAGUUUACAUACGUUGAGACGCUGACCACCAGCAUCUGCGAUGCGUUUUCUUCAUUCUUUGUCAAAACGCAUCGACGUCAGCUCCUUCUUCUCGCCAUCUGCUUUGGAAGCUUCUUUGUAGGACUUUCAAUGGUCACAGAGGUGAGCUGUUAUGUUUUCCUGUUGAUGGACUAUUACACCUACACCGGGAGUAUUGUCUUUUUACCCAUUCUCGAGUCCCUCUGCAUCGGAUGGGUGUACGGUGCUGACCGUCAGUAUGACAACAUAGAGGACAUGAUUGGCUAUCGACCGUGGCCUGUCAUCAAAUACAGUUGGCGGUACAUCACACCAGCUCUCUUCACCUGCACACUACUGUACAACAUGAUCACACACCAACCGCUCAAGGUCAACAACACCUAUGAAUACCCAUGGUGGGGAUACGUGGUAGGCGGAGCCUUGGCCCUGUCGCCGUCACUCCUGGUCCCACUGUGGAUGGUCUACGCCGUCAGUGUCACGCCUGGAUCUCUAAGACAGAGACUCAAAGUUCUGUGCACGCCGGCAAAGGACUUACCUUGUGCGGCCUUGAAAAGGCAGGCGGCAGACCAAGAAGCACUUCAGACCUUCACAUAGACCCUCUGAAUGAGAGAAAUGACGGCGUUCAGUCCAAAGUACAUCAACGCAUUAUUUUGUAUUAACGAUUUAUCCACAACAUCCGUCCGUCUAAGAUUCUACUACGUCGGUCUAAGUUGGCCUCCCGGAAGCUACGUAUUGACACAACAUUGUUUCAAUCGGCAUUCGAGGAAAAAAAACGAUAUAUUAACUUUCUUCCCCUAGGGGAAACUGAGUAUAACACAGUACCCUAAUUUUUACCAUAACAAUCUACAAGGUUAAUGCAGUUCUCUUCUCUUUCUUUCCCUCCAGUUAUCUGCUUCCUUUUGCAUUUCAAGUUAUCAAUACAUUUAUCUAUUGUUGCAUUUGAAACAAUUGUAUAUGCUGAUAAUAAAGGUAAUUGUCAGAAAAAUUGAGUUAUCACACAACUUGUUUGCUAUGAGUUCAGGUUGCCCCGGGUGAAGACAAAAGCUGUCUUUGAUCUUAUCAAGCAAAAGGCAGACUGGUUGUAAACUUUU